AUGCCUCCUAAACGCACGCGAGGAGCCAGAAACGCUGAUGGUGUUCAGCCAGCGGCGAAAACAGGACGAGUAGCUUCAGCGAAUACGCGAGGACGCACUCAAGCUACGGGACGACGAUCCUCACGCGUGAGAGGUCCGAUAGACGUCGUGCAAUCACCGCCAUCGACGAUACCUCCGGUUGACGGCGAUGACGAGGAACAGUCUCUGAUAGGGACACCCGAAAGAGAAAUCCUACCAGGCGACAACGCAAAAACUCAGCGUGGACGCAGUGGUCGCACUGGUUGGGCGAACAGCACAUGGGUAAUGAACUCGCCGACUCUGCUGCUAAAUCAGCCAGUUUGUCGAACAUAUGCGACCUUACUAGAGUUCCCUAUUCUGACCUAUAUCAAUCCUUCGCUAGCGAAGCACGUAUGGAGACCGAAAGGAUGAAUUUAGAAUCGAGCUAUUCCACUGGUUUUACAUAUUUUCAAAUGUUCUAUGACGACAAAAGUAAGCCGUGGUUUGCUGAUAAAAAGCUCAACAGAGAAACCAUUGUCACCAUUAAUAGGCUCCGAUCAAACCACUAUAACUUAGCCGAAUCUCUCCAUCGUCUCGGUUACAUCAGUAAUUUCUUAUGUAAAUGCCAAAAAUCUACAGAAAAUCCUUACCAUGUUAUUUGGCAAUGUGUACUAUAUGUCGAACCUAGAAAAAAGCUCCUAAUUCGGCUAAGGAAUAUUGGUAUUUUGAGGCAUACUAAUAUUGAAUUCUUGCUAAUUCAUCCCUCCUCUCAAGCGUGCCAAUUUAUUGUAUCCUAUUUAAAUGAAUGCGGCCUCAGAGUUUAGAUUGUAAGACCAUACUGUCCAUAUUAUAUUAUAUAAUAAUGUAAAUAACGUAAAGUAUAAGAUGAUCUCGAAUGUAAAAAUAAUGUACAUAGUGAACUCUAUUGUUAAAAUUAAUAUGUAACAUCAAAGUAGCAGAAAUAAGCCAAGAUGCUUAAUCU